CCGUCUGUCUCGCUCCUAUUCCUUUUUACCGCGAACAGAUGCGUUUUGGCGGCCGCACUCGCCUUUUUGGCGCCAAACGAGGCCACAGCGCCAGGCGAUCAUCUGAACCCUUCUCUUCCUUUUUUUUCAGCACGGAUUCCACCGUUGAUCAAGCACAGGUGAAGUAAUAUGGCCUCUUCUCUUCCUUUUUUUCAGCAAAUUAUGUGAUUGUCUUCCACCUCCUCCAUUAGACAGUGUUGGAAUAAUUCAUCAAAGAAGCCUCCAGCAAAAUCUGCAUAUUUAAGAUGGAAGAAAACAGGUCUGUAAAGCUAUGGUUGUUACUUUUUUCACCAUGAUCGGGUAGAUUUUACUUGUUCGAUGACCACCAAAUCAUUUUUUUUGUUCCUGUAGAGUGGGUGUGCUACCUAGUUUGUUACCUGAAGUUGGCAUGGAAUUCAAUACUGUUGAUGAGGCUUGGAUGUUUUGGGUUAGCUAUGGUGGUCAAAAAGGUUUCGAGGUUAGAAAAAGGUACUCAAACAAAAGGAAAUCAGAUGGAAAGGUUAGGUCAUGCAGAUAUGUUUGUGCAAAUGAGGGUCAUAGAAAGGAGGAUAAAAGGGAUCAUCUAACAAAGUGUCCAAGAGCUGAAACGAGAACCGAUUGUCAAGUUCGCAUGGGUGUUGUGCUAGAUCAGGAGAAAGGGAAUUAUAAAGUGGCUGAUCUAGUUUUGGAACACAAUCACAUCCUUCAAUUGCCAGAAACCUCGCACUUGAUGGUGUCUCAAAGGAAAAUUUCAGAGUUACAAGGUUUUGAAAUUGAGACAGCUGACGAUGCGGGCAUUGGGCCCAAAGCAGCACAUCAGUUGGCUAGUAUCCAAGUUGGUGGCUCACUUAAUCUCAAUUACACUCUCCGUGACCACAAGAAUUAUUUACAGGGCAAACGCCAACGAGAGAUGGUAUAUGGUCAAGCAGGAAGCAUGCUCAUGCAUUUUCAAGAUAAAAUUGCUAAGAACCCAUCAUUUCAAUAUGCAUUGCAGAUGGAUAGUGAGGAGCAAAUAGCAAACAUAUUCUGGGUUGAUGCUAAAAUGCUCACUGACUAUGCAUAUUUUGGUGAUGUUGUCAGUUUUGACACUACUUUUGGAACAAACAAGGAAAGUAGGCCUUUUGGUGUAUUUGUUGGGUUCAAUCAGUUUAGGGAAACAAUGGUUUUUGGUGCUGUUCUACUGUAUGAUGAGACAUAUGAGUCCUUCAAGUGGUUAUUUGAGACCUUCCUAAAAGCACAUAAUGGCAAGCAACCUAAAACAAUCUAUACUGAUCAGGAUUCUGCAAUGGGAAAAGCAAUUAAGAAAGUGUUUUUAGAAUCAUGGCAUGGUUUGUGCACUUUCCAUAUCAUGCAGAAUGCUGUUAAACAUGUAGCUGAACUCGAGGAUGAAGAAUCCAGUAAUUCUCCCAAACAGACUGCCGAAGACAACGAGGAAGAACAAAGUAUUCUCACAGAUUUUAGUGCAUGUAUGUUUGAGUACGAAGAUGAGGAAACAUUUGAACAAGCAUUUAGCACCAUAAGGGCAAAGGCGAGCAAGCAAAGUUGGUUGGAUAGUAUAUACAAGGUGAAAGAAAAAUGGGCUGAAUGUUACAUGAAGGAUGUGUUCACAUUAGGUAUGAGAAGUACACAGUUAAGUGAGAGUGUAAAUAGUGAACUCAAGAGGCAUUUCAAAUCUGAUUUUGAUAUCAUUCGAUUUCUUCAACAUUUUGAAAGGGUGGUGGAAGAUAAAAGAGAAAAUGAGCUAAAUGCUGAAUUUGAAUCAAGGAAGAAAAUACCCAGAAUAAAAAUGAGGACACCUAUGCUAAUCCAAGCUAGCAAGCUAUACACACCAAUCAUAUUCGAAGCUUUUCAAGCUGAAUAUGAAAGAUCCAUGGUAGCAUGCACCACGGCAUUGGAAGGCAACAAUUGCUAUCUUGUGGCAAUUGGCAGUCUAGAUGAAAAUUGUACCUUUGAGAAGGAGUACAAAGUUGUUGGUGAUCCUUUAGAGCAAACUAGUACAUGCGGCUGUGGGAUGUUCAGUAGAACUGGAAUAUUGUGUGCACAUGCUUUAAAAGUCCUUGAUUUGAUGAAUAUAAAAUCUCUCCCAUCACAAUAUGUACUGAAGCGAUGGACACGUGGAGCACGUAGUGGGACAGUACAAGAUAACCAUGGACGAAGUAUUAUAGAGAACCCAAGAUUAAAUGAGAUGCUUCGCUACAAAGAUAUGACCCGCAAAUUUCUCAAUUUGGCACUUCGAGCUGCCAGCCAUCCAGGGUCUACCUUGUUAGUAAACAACGCACUUGAUAUCCUUACCAAGCAAGUUGAAGAAGAAAUCAAUGGAUUUACUGAUACCAUAGCUCUAGGUCCCACUGAUAUUACUCCUCCAAGUGACUUGGUGAGUACAGCUCGCCUAAAGAAAAAGGAGGUGGAAACAAAAACCUCAAAGCGCAAAAAAAAUUGGCUUGAUAAGCUGCACAAGUCCACAAAUAAUGGAAGUAACAAGGGAGGUAAGAGAAAGAAAAAAGGUUCAAAGGAACAAAAGACUGCAAAGACGGGAGGCAAGAAAAAGGGAAAAGAAGCAUCAGUACAUGACAAUCCAGCAGGGCAAAAUAUAUAUCCUAGUACCUCUUUGCCCAUGGAAGAAAUGUCUGAACCAUACAUGGCCAUCAACACCUUCUCUCAACUAUUGACGGGAGCAACCGUCGAUGAUCUUGAUGUUGAAUUCUAGCAAUGGAGUUUGGUUUUGGUGAAUAGGCUUUUGGUCUCUGCGGGCUGCGGCACCUGCCGAGAUUGUUCUUUUGGCACGCUUGAUGAACAGCUUGAUCUUUUGGGCAAGGUGAGCAUUUAUGCAUCCAUUGGUUGUACCUCCCUUGUUUGUUACUGAACAUGUGCAGAUGCCCCCAUUCACCACUGCCAACAGGUGCUGAACGCAGGGGAUGACAUGAUUGGUGUUGAGCACUUGGAAGAGGAUUCUGAUGGCAAGGCUCUUCUGAAAGGACGACGCUAUGCCGGAUCAAUGAGCACCUUCAGUCUUUUUUAUUAACUGAAUGCACACGCCUGUGGUUAGUGUGUACAGUUUAGUAUGUCAUAUACACUUGGUACUGGACAGCAGAUAGCAAGCAUUUUGGGGGACAAAAACUGUUGGUUCUCUUGAACAGGCCAUAUGCCCAGAAUUGGAACAUAAUUUCAUUGCAGUGAUAAGUUACAAAUGGCCAUUUCAUCAUUUUGUUGGACAAGCCAUUCUCACUACAAACAAUUUACAAAGUUUUUUUGCUUUCUAUACAAAUUACAGAACACAUGCAACCCCAUUUUUCAGAACAAGUGGUCUGCUGCCUGUGUAAAGAACAAUCUAUCAUUCUAAUAACUGCA